UUUGCCUCUGCACAGGUUUUGAUAAAUCUCCCCUAUAAACACUAUAAAAUUAGAGAAGGAGGAGGCGAUUAGGGGCUGUCCCACCUGAAGGACCCUACCUGAACGUAGUAACUCUGACUUUGGGGACCACCAUACAAGGGCAGAUCUCCCCGUGUCCAGCCAGUUUACGCCCUAUCGCAGAAUCCUAUCAGAUGCAAAUGUUGUGGUUUCGGCCCAGCAAUGAGUUAAUAUGGAACAGAGGUCAUCAUGUCUAUGUCACACCUGUACGGCAAAGAUGAGGACAGCGAUGGGGUGGAGAUGGAGAGCUUCCAGAUCACCGACUGGGACAUACAGAACGAGUUCAACCCAAACCGCCGGAAGCACUGGCAGACAAAGGAAGAAGCCACGUACGGCAUGUGGGCCGAGCGCGACUCCGAUGAUGAGCGGCCGAGUUUUGGUGGCAAGAAGUCACGUGACUACUCCGCGCCAGUAAAUUUCAUCAGCGCUGGGAUCCGCAAGCCUGCAGCAGAAGAGAAGUCCGGCAGCGAUUCCGACAGUCCGAACGAAGCCCCUCGAAAAGUAGAGGAGAUCCAGCCAAAGAAGCUGAGAACGGGCGGGAAUUUUAAGCCUUUACAGAAAACAUUUGCCGGAGGAAUCAAAUCCAAUACGGAUUUUGGCUCUUGGGAGAGACACACCAAGGGGAUUGGUCAGAAGCUCCUGCAGAAGAUGGGAUAUGUUCCUGGCAAAGGCUUGGGAAAGAACGCACAAGGUAUCACUGCUCCUAUUGAGGCCAAGCAAAGGAAAGGUAAAGGAGCUGUGGGCGCCUAUGGCUCAGAAAGGACCAAGCAGUCAUUGAAAGAUUUCCCUACGGUGGAUUCCGAGGAAGAGGAAGAUCAGGAAUUUCAGAAAGAAUUGAGUCAGUGGAGAAAGGACCCGGGUGGAGGCAAGAAGAAGCCCAAGUAUGCCUACAAGACAGUGGAGGAGCUCAAAGCCAAGGGGAUCGGGGCGAAAGCCAUGACUGCUCCGCAGAAGGAAAUAUCACAAGUCAAGGUGAUUGACAUGACUGGACGAGAGCAGAAAGUCUAUUACAGCUACAGUCAGAUCUCUCAUAAACACAACAUCCCAGGAGAGACCCCCGCAGUAGGGAAAGAGGAGAAGCCUCAGGGGUUUGUCCUGCCCGAACUAGAGCACAACCUGCAGCUACUGAUCGAGAUGACUGAGCAGGAGAUCAUCCAGAAUGACCGGCAGCUGCAAUACGAGAGAGACAUGGUCGUCAACCUGACCCACGAGUUGGAGAAGCUCUCCGAAGUGUUAUCGAGGGAGGACAAAGCCAUUUAUAACCUGAGCCAGGUCCUGAAGACUGUGGAGGAGUGUGAGGAGAGGAUGCAGCCGGGCUGUGACAAUCCCCUCACCCUGGAGGAGUGUGCGCGCAUAUUCCAGAUGCUGCAGGACAAGUAUUACGAAGAAUACAAGAUGUCAGAGAAGGCCGACCUGGCAGUGGCCAUCAUCUACCCCCUGAUGAAGGAAUACUUCAAGGACUGGAAUCCCUUAAGGGACCCUACAUACGGCAUUGAUAUUAUGACCAAGUGGAAGGAUCUCCUGGAAGAAGGUCAUCUGUCCCACAGUGCUCAGAACUCAUCAAUGGACACAUAUCACAGACUUCUUUGGGAGACAUGGGUUCCGUUCCUGAGGAAUGUCAUCUCACAGUGGCAACCCAGAAACUGCGCACCCAUGGUGGACUUCCUGGAUAGCUGGGUCCACUUGUUGCCAAUCUGGAUCCUGGAUAAUGUACUGGACCAGCUCAUCUUCCCUAAAUUACAUAAAGAGGUUGAAAACUGGAACCCCCUUACAGACACUGUACCCAUACACUCAUGGAUUCACCCCUGGCUGCCAUUAAUGCAGUCUCGUCUAGAGCCGCUGUUCUCUCCCAUCAGAAACAAGCUGGCCAAUGCCCUUCAGAAGUGGCACCCCAGCGACACCUCUGCCAAGCUCAUCCUGCAGCCCUGGAGAGAUGUCUUUACCCCCGGAUCGUGGGAAGCCUUCAUGGUGAAAAAUAUUGCACCCAAAUUGGGUAUGUGUCUCGGAGAAUUUGUCAUUAAUCCGCACCAGCAGCACAUGGACGUGUUCCACUGGGUGAUGGACUGGGAGGGGAUGAUCUCGCUGUCGAGCCUGGUAGGACUCCUGGAGAAACAUUUCUUUCCAAAAUGGCUCCAGGUUUUAUGCUCCUGGCUCAGCAAUAAUCCCAACUAUGAGGAGAUAACAAAGUGGUAUCUGGGCUGGAAGUCCAUGUUCUCUGACCAGAUUUUAGCCCAUCCUGGAAUCAAGGACCGGUUCAAUGAAGCGUUGGACAUAAUGAACAGAGCCGUUUCCUCUAAUGUCGGUGCGUACAUGCAGCCGGGUGCCCGGGAAAGCAUCGCCUACCUGACCCAGACGGAGCGAAGAAAAGACUUCCAGUACGAAGCCAUGCAGGAGCGGCGGGAUGCGGAGAGCAUCGCGCAGAGGGGCAUCGGAGUCACCGCAGUACCCAUGAACUUCAAGGACCUGAUCCAGUCGAAGGCGGAGGAGCACAACAUCGUCUUCAUGCCCCUCAUCGGCAAGCGGCACGAAGGGAAGCAGCUGUACAACUUCAACCGUAUCGUCAUCUACAUAGACAGAGGCGUGGUGUACGUGCAGGGGGAGAAGACCUGGGUGCCCACCUCUCUGCAGAGCCUCAUAGACAUGGCCAAGUAGAGACGUGUCCACGUGGCUUCUCAGGACAUUGUAUAUAAUUCUGUACAGAAUGAGAGACUAUGGAAGGAAAUAAUUCAUUUUACUACCAUGCACUAUAAAGGGGUUGUCCAGGAAUAAAAAAAAGAGCUAAUUCCCCCCCCCCCAAAUAAAAAAAAAACAGUGCCACCCCUGUCCUUCCUCUGGUUGCAUGUGGUAUUACAACUUGCCUCUAUUCGCUUCAAUGAAACGGAGUUGCAAUACCACUCACAACCUGAGGACAGGGGUGGCGCUGUUUUAUGAAGGGAGAAUAAAUUACGGUAGCUCUGAUUUUCUGUUCCUGGACAAACCCCUUUAAAUAGAACCAUUACCUUUUCCAAGGAGACUGCAUUUCGCUUAAUGACCAAGACCGUGUAUAUGAAGCAGUAGUUUCCCAACCUGUGCGCCUACAGCUGUUGCUAAACUACAACUCCAAGCGUGCACGGACAUUUUAUGGACAAUUGGUCGCACUAAUAAAGUAAAAAAAAAAUAAUAAUAAUAAUAAUUUUUUAUAAAUGCAUAAUUUGUGGGACAUAUUUUACUUAAAUAGCUUCUAAAAUGGGAGAAAAUUCACCC